CUGCAGCCACCGCUGCUGCCGCCACCGCCGGCAGCUCGAUGGGCUUCUCCUGCGCGCCGCCCCGUGUCUGGACGAGUCCAGGAAGCCGCGGCGCCUCGUGCUGGGGAUCCAUCGCUGCAGCCCGAGGCCGGGUCCCGGGUCGGGGGCUGCAGGGGGAGGCGGCGGGAGCCCCACCGGGGGCCUGGGACUGGGGAACUGCCUCCGGCUUCACGAUGCCAGGAUGGACAGAAUAGCUUAUGAUGCUUAUCCCCACCCACCACUUCCGAGACAUUGAGCGGAAGCCGGAAUACCUCCAGCCGGAGAAGUGUGUCCCACCUCCCCACCCCGGUCCCGUGGGAACCAUGUGGUUUAUCCGCGACGGCUGUGGCAUUGCCUGUGCCAUUGUCACCUGGUUUCUGGUCCUCUAUGCGGAGUUCGUGGUCCUCUUUGUCAUGCUGAUUCCAUCCCGAGACUACGUGUACAGCGCCAUCAACGGAACCGUGUUCAACCUGCUGGCCUUCUUGGCCCUGGCUUCCCACUGCCGGGCCAUGCUGACGGACCCCGGGGCGGUGCCCAAAGGAAAUGCCACUAAAGAAUUCAUCGAGAGUUUACAGCUGAAGCCCGGACAGGUGGUGUACAAGUGUCCCAAAUGCUGCAGCAUCAAGCCCGACCGAGCCCACCACUGCAGUGUUUGUAAGCGGUGUAUUCGGAAGAUGGACCACCACUGUCCCUGGGUCAAUAACUGUGUCGGCGAGAACAACCAGAAGUACUUCGUCCUGUUUACAAUGUACAUAGCUCUCAUUUCCUUGCACGCCCUCAUCAUGGUGGGAUUCCACUUUCUGCAUUGCUUUGAAGAAGACUGGACAAAGUGCAGCUCCUUCUCGCCCCCCACCACAGUGAUCCUUCUCAUCCUGCUGUGCUUCGAGGGGCUGCUCUUCCUCAUUUUCACGUCCGUGAUGUUUGGGACCCAGGUGCACUCCAUCUGCACAGAUGAAACGAGCAUCGAGCGCCUCAAACGAAAGCACCAGCCCAGGGAGCGCAGGGGCAGCUGGAAGUCGGUGAAAGAGACCUUCGGUGGGGACUUCUCCCUGAACUGGUUCAACCCCUUCUCGGGACCGUGCGACCCAGAGCCUCUCAGUGACAAGGACUGGGUGCGGCAGGCAGCCUCGCUGUCCAACACGGACAACACGGAGACCACGGAGGAGCAGUCGGAGGAGAGGAAGGACCAGGACUCUGUGGAGGUGACAGAUGAGUGAAGCGGCCUAGGGGGGAGGGCCAGACACCGAAAAGCCGCUGGCAACCUGGACGCGGGCAUCGUGGCCCCGGCGUGUUCGUGACAUGCCGCCCCGCACCCCUGCCCCCCUCCCGCCACUCCCCGCAGGCCGCUCACGACCACUGCCGUCCCCUGUACCCCUCCACCUCUCCCCAGGUCGGGCCAGGUCCUGGGGGGGAGGACUAGGGGUGACAGGAGGAUGAGAGACUCUCGGAGGCCAUCCAGGAAGUCUGCCCAGAGCAGGACUGGGUGUCCUUCCUAGACGGGGCGUCCCCCGCACCUGGCACAGCCUCGCCGGCAAAGGAAGCUCUGCACGGGGCGGCCCCCGGGGCAGAAAAGAACUUGCCUUUGGCUUCUCUUGGGAUGUCUGUCUUCUCUUGGGAAGGUUGGGGCCCUGGCUCCUGGCUUUUGAGAAUGAGGGCCAUGAUGUUAGGAUGGAAGGACAGAACAGGGCUGGCCGUGGGGGCCUGGGGUGGGACACUGACAUCAGGACAGACCAGCCCCGAAAGGUUGCAGGAUCCGGGCUGCUCCCCGGAGAGGCGCCCCCGGGCCUGUCUAAAUCAGGGGAAGGGCGUGGCUGCCACAGCCACCUGCGCGGGUCAGGCUUGGUUUGAGGAGGACCCCGUACCAGGCGAGACACACACAUACGUGCGGGCCGUGCCCAGGUUGGAAACACAGGUCAGGACAGUAGCUGUGUCACGACAGCAGUGCCAAAACCUAGCCCCCACUCCGUUCCACAGACGCUAGCAUCGUCACCGAGGCGGGCAGCUUGGAGCCAUCCUGCCUGGGGCUACAGGCCUGUCCAUCCACAGGUAGGGGUGGGCGAGAGGACCCCCUGUUGACCUCCCCGAGAGCUUAAUUCACUUGCCCUCUGGACAGAGUCUCACAGACCACGUGGGCAGAACCGACCAGAAAUCUGGCCUGUGUUUUGAGCCACUUCUCACAAGAUAGGGGCCAUUUUGUCUCUCUGAGAGGAUGGGUGGUGGCCAGGGACUGCAGACCGAUGAACCAGGAAGACAGAUGGACACACACACACACACACACACCCCACACUCUGCCAGGAUGAACCUGGUUGAACCCCAGGGUUACCUGCUCGCAGGGGCGGUGUUCCCAGAGCCACCUGUCCUGAUCCAGUGCAGAGCCCUCGGCAGACAUCCCACGAGGGGGUGAUGGCAGGACCCUGGAGCCGCCAGGCCACAGGCCUAGCUUCCUGGUCCGUAUCAGCUUUAGUAUUUAUUCAUGAUGAUGGCAGGAGCCCGGGUCGGCUCUGAAGGCUGUUCACUCACAGUGAGGGCAGGGCAAGGCCGCUAGGCACUCUGGGAGAGCCAUGCCCCAGCCACGGAGGCCUGUUAUUUGCCGUCCUAACCUGGAAGGCAGCCCGGGGUGGGGGCCGGGGGGGCAGCACGGCCGACUGUAUACCAAAGACUCCACACCACGGAGAAAAGCAGUGCGGUCGCUGGUCCCCGAGGAGGCAGCCGUUAGAAUAAGGGAAGGGGGUCCCCUGGUCACCUCUGGCAAUGUCGGUCUCCGCCGACUUCAGGCCCGUGGUCAGAGGGGCGCUGAGGCGCCAGCAGUCCCGGAGGCAGCUCUGAGGGCCCGGCCUGUUCGCCGCGUCACAUGGGCCUCCCUGCCCCCCGAGCUCACCUCGUGCUGGAGCUCGGCCCCAGCAGACCCCGCGCUGGGGGCCCAGAUGGGGCCAUGAGGGUGCUGACCCGUCCAACCCCACGCUUCCUGUCCUCACUGUC